UUUUUCUCUUUGCGCACAUAGAAUUUGAGUUCCUCGGAAAUUUACAAUUUUUGUUGAAUUUGUUAGAAGUUUGGUUUUUUAUUAUAUUCAAGCAUGACGCAUAACAUAGAUUGGAAUGAAUUGAUUGUCGACAAUAAGUGCAUUGGAUCAGGUACUUUCGGUGAUGUAUACAAGGCGACAUGGAACUCAAAUAAUGGUCAAAUAACUGUCGUGAUUAAACAAUUUUAUCGUAACUCAACUGACGACAAAAAUAAAAAAGAAGUCGACAUGCUAUCGCUGGUCAAUCAUGAUAAUAUUGUAAAGUUAAUAGGUACUACAAAAGAUGAGAAGGAAAGAAUGGCCAUUGUAAUGGAAUACGCAGAGUGUGGCUCUCUUCAUAGCUUACUGCACAAUGAGGAAAAUAAGAACAUCAUUUUACCACAUUCACUGCGUAUUAGCUGGAUGCUGCAAUGUGCGGAGGAACUCGACCACAUUUAGAUGACAUCCGGAAUAUUCCAAAAUACGAGCAGAUAAUAGAACUUAUAGAACUCUGUUGGAAUGGAGAUGCAGAGAAACGACCGACAAUGCAAGAAAUAAUAAGUAAUAUUAAUAAUUUGUACCCAAUUUUGGAUGUGGAAGAGCCUAACUUAAGUCUGAAAAUACCAAUCAAAAAUGAAGUUAACAGAUUGAUUGAUGAAGAUAUGAAUGCAAUUCAGAAAGAUGAAUGGAAAAAAAUUACUUUAGAAGAGCUCAUUUGGUAUGGUGGCUUUGGAGAUGUGUAUAAGGCUCUCUGGAAAACUGAGAAGGGACCAAAGAUAAUUGCAGUUAAAAGAUAUAGAUAUCAUUAUUCGAUCAACUCAGAAAAAUUAAAAAUUUAUAGUUUACAACUAAAGCAUGAGCAUAUUCAAAAAUUAUAUUGUCUAUCCUUUGAUGACAAUAAUCGACCUAUCGAACUUAAGGAGUAUGCCGAUUGCGGAACUCUCGAUAGUGCUGUGCAUGAUUGUACAGUGAAUAUUGUUAAUAAUGCAUAUGAAAUGUUUUCUUUAAUGUGGAUGUUUCAUUGCGCGAAGGGUCUCAAAUUUCUGCAUGAACAAACGAUUAUUCGUCGGGAAAUAACUACAAGGAGUCUGCUUCUUUUUAACAAUUAUCAAACCCUAAAGAUUUCACUAUCUGAAGCAGUGAUGACAGAGGGUGCAUCAAUAAUGCUUGGAAAUUUUAUAUAUAUGGCUCCAGAAAUUAUGGGAGGGAUGCAAUACACCAGAAAGUGCGAUAUCUAUAGCUUCGGGAUAAUUCUGUGGGAGGUGAUGUCACGAAAGAAACCGUUCAACGAUAAGGACUCGCUACCUCAACUUUUUAGACAAAUAGAAGGUGCAAGUCUUCGUCCAAAUGUAAAUGAUGUCGUCGAUAUUCAAAAUUGGGAUGAGAUAAAAAUUUUGAUUACAAAAUGCUGGGAUGCGAAUCCACAGAAUAGACCUUCUAUAAAGGAAGUACUCGCAAUUAUGGAAAAAUAUUCUUUUUAUUAAGAGAACGGCAACCAAAUUUUGAAUAUUAUGAAAAAGAUUAUUACAAUCUGCACGUUUAUUUAAAAUGAUGUUAUUAUGCAUAUAAUUCAUUAAUUCACUUUUCAAUU